AUGCUCAAAACAUUUACUAGAACGACGACACCAAUUAUUCAUGCAACCAAGCAAUUGAAUAACACAAAAUACGGAGGAAAGUAUACAGUAACAUUGAUCCCGGGUGAUGGAAUUGGUCAGGAAACAGCAGCUGCAGUAAAAACAAUUUUCAGGGCUGCCAAUGUUCCAAUUGAGUGGGAACAGCUUGAUGUUUCAGGUCAUACUCAAGAAGAAGAUAUUUUAUUUAAACAAAGUGUUGAGAGUAUAAGAAGGAACAAAGUAGCAUUGAAAGGAAUUUUAUACACACCUGUAUCCAAGCUGGGACAUCAAUCGUUCAAUGUUGCUAUGCGCAAAGAUCUUGACAUAUACGCAUCUUUGGUUCUUAUCAAAAAUAUUAAAGGUUAUCCAACACGUCACAAUAACGUAGAUUUUGCAAUCAUUCGUGAGAAUACAGAAGGUGAAUAUGCCGGAUUGGAACAUCAGUCAUAUCCAGGAGUCGUAGAAUCUUUAAAAAUUGUAACUAGAAAUAAAACGGAACGUAUUGCACGUUUUGCUUUUGAUUUUGCCCUUAGAAAUAAUCGUAAAAAGAUUGCAGAAGAUUAUAAAGCAUCAGGAGUUGAAUUCGAUGAUAUGAUUGUUGAUAAUUGUUCUAUGCAAUUAGUUUCUAAGCCACAGCAAUUUGAUGUCAUGGUUAUGCCUAAUUUGUAUGGUAAUAUCGUAAGCAAUGUUGGUGCAGCACUUGUCGGUGGCCCUGGAAUUAUUCCUGGUGCAAAUAUAGGUCGUGAAUAUGCCUUAUUUGAACCGGGUUGUCGUCAUGUCGGCAGAGAUAUCCAAGGGCAUAAUGCUGCUAAUCCUACAGCUCUAAUCCUAUCAGGAGUAAUGAUGUUACAUCAUUUAGGUCUCGAUGAUUUCGCUAAUAGGAUUCAUAAUGCUGUUAAGCAAACGAUAAAACGAGGAUCGGCAAAAACACCUGAUAUGGGUGGUACAUCUACAACCACCAAUUUUACACUAUCGGUUAUUUCCAAUUUGUAA